CUAGAGCGCGGCCGCGGACGAAGAUGGCGACCGCCAUGUACUUGGAGCACUACCUGGACAGCAUUGAGAACCUUCCGUGUGAGCUUCAGAGGAACUUCCAGCUCAUGCGAGAGCUGGACCAGAGGACAGAAGAUAAGAAGGCAGAGAUCGACAUCCUGGCUGCAGAGUAUAUAUCCACAGUGAAGACACUUUCUCCAGACCAGCGUGUGGAGCACCUGCAGAAGAUCCAGAGUGCCUACAGCAAGUGUAAGGAGUACAGUGAUGACAAGGUGCAGCUGGCCAUGCAGACCUAUGAGAUGGUGGAUAAACACAUUCGAAGGCUCGAUGCAGACCUGGCACGCUUCGAAGCAGAUCUGAAGGACAAGAUGGAGGGCAGUGACUUUGAAAGCUCUGGAGGACGAGGGUUAAAAAAAGGUCGAGGUCAGAAAGAAAAAAGAGGCUCCCGGGGUCGUGGCAGGAGGACCUCAGAGGAAGACACUCCAAAGAAAAAGAAGCACAAAGGAGGGUGAGAGGCUCUUUUCCUUGUCUCUUUCUCCCCAAAGGUUACUUAGCAUCAGUAUUUCCUUAGCAUCUAGAAA